GGGGAGAAGUAAGACUGUGACUGCUAGAAAUGUGGUUAGACAGUAAAAUACCACCAAAGUAAGCCCUGACUCAACACUGAAGAGCUGCACAAGUCAAGAAGAGCUGUAUACACUGAGAAUCUAAUGAGGCCCCUUAAGAACUAUGGAAUCGCAUGCAUGUCUAUGGGUUUCUUGAUAGAAGAGACUGCUCCGGUUGUAUGGAGGGGGCUCAUGGUAAUGUCAGCUGUUGAAAAAUUGUUGAGACAGGUUGACUGGGGUCAACUGGACUAUUUAGUGAUUGACAUGCCACCUGGGACUGGAGAUGUACAGCUGUCAGUAUCACAGAAUAUUCCAAUUUCAGGAGCUGUGAUUGUCUCCACUCCACAAGACGUGGCUUUAUUGGAUGCGCGCAAAGGAGCUGAAAUGUUUAGAAAAGUUCAUGUACCUGUUUUAGGGCUGGUUCAAAAUAUGAGUGUUUUCCAGUGUCCCAAAUGUAAGCAUGAGACACAUAUCUUUGGAGCUGAUGGUGUAAGAGAUCUGGCAAAAACCCUUGAAUUGGAUAUUUUGGGAGAUGUUCCACUACAUGUUAAUAUACGGGAGACGUGUGAUUCAGGACAGCCUGUUGUGAUCUCUCAGCCUCAAAGUGAUGCUGCUAAAGCCUAUCUAAAGAUAGCUAUGGAAAUAUUAAGAAGACUACCAGUACCUCCUGCUUGAAGCAUUUACCACUGGAACUUAGCAAAAACAUGAUCUUUGAUGCAGCUAAUGCAGAAGAGUCCUGCUGUCUGAUUACAUGGAGGCCAUUUGUUAGUUCUGAGAACUUCUUUAGGAAUUCAUUUACCAGAGGUUAAAUUAUGAUUGCAAUAAUUACUGUUUUUCACAUCAUUGUUUGGCCAUGUCCAAAAGGAUUCACGUAUGCAAAUGAUGAUACUGUUUAACUGCUGAAUUGUAGCAUCAUCAGGCAAGAAAGGAAUGGAGUACAUUUUUUAUGUGUGCCCUGUUUUAAGGUCAAAAAUGAAAAACAGCCUCUCCAUGCAAGGAGAAUGAUAAGAGGUAUACCAAGACAUAAAUCCUGCUUAAAAAAUUAUAUUUUCAAUACUCUAAUUUCCUUCAGUUUUUGUUUUGCUUUUUAUAUGGUUAGCUAUCAAACUGACCUUAAAUUCUGCGAGAUUUUAAGAAGCAAAAUCACUUCUGUAACUGCUGUACUUUUGUGUGUUCAUCUUAAAAGAAAAUUUAAAAAUUCCACGUAUACUCUGAAGAGUUCUUGUGAUGGAUGAUGAGCAAAUUCAUUCAUUAUCGGAUAAAGUUCUAUCAUGAGGCAGUUCACAGUUUUAGUGGAGAAUGGAUUACGUGACCCUGAGGCUUAUUUCUCAACUGUUUUACAUUAUAAUGAACCCAGACAGAAGACAAGGUAACCGGAUGUUUUUCCUCAGCUCAGUUUGCCAGGGAAUGCAAAUGAUCAAGACAAAUUAAAUUUAUGAUUGCAUAUUCCCGCUACAGUGCAGCAACUUGGAAUUUGAAUAUAAAGAUAUAUUUUUGAAGUAAAGAAAUAUUUGCUCUUCAAA